AUGACGGAGAAGCUGGGGAUUCCCGUUUGGGGAUCAUAUGUUAUCUUCGGCUUGGCCACUCUGUUUUCUGGCCUGGCGUUGGGUCUGUUACUGGUGUUCAUUGCAGAUUUCGUUUUCCCCUCAAGAAGAUUCUCUUCUCACGAUUACUACCAGAAGAAACAGACUAUGGAUCAGGCGAGAUUAAUCCAGCAACAAGAGGAUGCCAUUGAGGCUGAUGGCGAGGAAGAUGACGAAGAGGAGGAAGAAGAGGACCACGACGAGGUCUGGAGAAAGCGGAGAGGAUCUCCCGAGGGCCGCCCUGAACCCAGGGGGCAGGCUUUCCCUGACGACGCCCUGAGGAAGCGGGUGGUGGGCAACCAGGGCGAGGAAGAGGAAGAGGACACUUAGAGAGAGAGAGAGCCUCCUCUUGACACGAGUACCGUUGAGACAGCAGAGUUGAAGGAGCCAAGUUCCUGAGCAGCAGUGUUUUUUUUUGUUUGUUUGUUUCUUUUAGAGCAGAGUCCAAAAUCUUCCCGUUGGUCCUGUUCCUCACCCCGAAGAUCCUAAAAAUGCCUCACUUCUUUUCUUCUUCUCCCUCCCCCAUUUUUUUAAAGGAGAGCUUUAGACUUUCGCCUCUGCUCUCUCUCUAAGCCUAAGCAGCAGACUCCACCUGCAAAAAGAAAAGCAGCGCUCCAGACACCUGUCUCUGAAACAAACGGUCUGGCUGAGGUUUAGGUAUGGCGUGCAGUGCGGCUGGAUUUUUGCAACGAUGUUUAUGCUAUGCAUUGUUUUUUUUAAAUAAAUGUGUGUUAUAUUUUUAAUCUCUGAAUUAUUAUAACAGGGUUGUAGGUUAUCUAUGUGGACAGGUAACUUCAUUUAGUUUGAUUUAAUCUGCAACUUGAACCCUAAUGUUCACACACCUUUCCACUUUCUAUGUCUGAUGGCGAGAACGUGGCGAAGGACGUAUAAAAUGUUAGUUUUUAUUAUAAAGAUUUCAGUUUGCUUGUUGCAGAUUUAAAAAAAAAAAAAGAAAAAAAGAGUGAUUUGAUAUUUUCCCACGUUGACUUUUCUGGGGCUGCUUCACUAUAAAAGCCUCCUUACCAAAUGGAGGCUUUUAAAUUGAAGCAACUGUAGGAAUCUUAACGUUUGUAUUAGCAGUCGUGUUACAGCUAUGGUUUAGACUUGGGUUUGAGUGCGACAAACAGUGAUGCUCGUUUUCUCUUUUAUUCAUGUGAAGUUAAUUUAAACUCAGCCACAAGCUUUGUGGUAAAUAUUUUAAGUAUAUCAAAUGCAAAUGUGGCUACACUUGUAUUUGUGACCCUAUUUAGAAUACUAGUUUGAACAGUUAACACAGCUCGGGCUGUAUUACAGACAUCCUCUUGACACAGGUACAUGUGGGGCAGGAACCCUUCGAAUAGCAUCUAUACUAUAGAAAGAGCGACGAUCACAUCACUCUUUCACUUUGACUAGGCUGUGUUUCUGUUGUUCAGCA